GCACGACGAACACCACACCAUCAUGUCGCAAUUCAGAGCAAAGAGACUGGAUCUCGGCGGUUUUAUCAACGCCCGUGUGGUCCGCGACCACACUAAGCGCAAGGUGUACGAGCAGUACGAGCCCGAGCGUCAAGCCCUCCGCUACAUAAUCCGCAACACCACUCUCCCCCAGCGUGCCCGUGCCCAGGCCCAGCUCCAGCUCUCUCAGAUGCACGCCUACACGCGGCCGACGCAAAUCAAGAAUCGAUGUGUGGCAGGUGGGAUUGCUAGGAGUAUUUUCCGAGACUUCAGAAUUGCUAGAUACCAAUUCCGUCAACAAGCACUGGCUGGUGAGCUUCCGGGUGUGAAGAAGGCGAGUUGGUAAAGGGGAAUACAUUGGUUGUUAUAUUAUGAUGGUGAUCGGGCAAUACGAUUUGGAUCGACCGAUUUCGCACAAAAGGCGUUUUUAAAUCCGUUUAUACCUUAUGAGAAGUGUACAAUAGGUUAUGAAUAUUGAUGGGAUUACAAUGGAUUCUCGAGAUCUUCUAUUUUCU